AUGAAGAAUUCCUCCAAGCGAUUAGAAAUCAACCCGAAUACCUGUGAAGAUCCCACACAGAACCGACCGGCUUGGGAAAAAGCCGUGAAGAAUGGAGCAGUGGAUCAUGAAAUUAACCGGAUCGACGAUGUCAAAGCUAAAAGGGAGGCUCGAAAGUCUCAUGUGUCCCUGGCCUGCAAGUCAGCGAACAUUCCAUGUGUUGAUCGGCCUCAUCGGUCACCUCCGGACUCAAUGCGCCAACAGCCCGACAACUCCAAACGCUGCGUCGACGCUCGCCCCAGUUCAAACCUCUACAGCGUCCACGACGGCGACCACCCUCACCACCGAUUAUUAGCAACCUAG